AUGGGGAUCAGGAAUAAACAAAAGUGUUGCAAACUUGAAAUCAGGCAGGCUCUACUACCUUUACCUGGCGAUGCUAAAAGCCAACCAGCACUAGCAACAACGACUCAAGUUGCUGCCACACAAACAACUGCACCAGCAGAGGACGCUACCGUAGAAGCCACCACGGAAUCAGAUCCUGCAAUGCCAACACCUCUUUCACCUUAUACAAAUUACCCAGAUCUCAAACCGCCAUCAACCCCUAUGCCACCGUCAGUGGAGUCUGAAGUCGAGACGAAGGCUGGCAGCACCAUGACUGAAGGACCAGCAGUGGUCAAUUCUGCACCUAUAGCAGACGCUAGCACUGGCUCAUCUCCUGUCAAUACUAGGCCCAGACCUCAGUCACCAUACCCUAAUUAUCCAGAUUUCAAGCCACCAUCCUCGCCUUCGCCGUCAGCACCUUAAUUUGGCAAGAGUACAAGAAACCUGGUCUAGAGGAUAUUAAAGAAGUUGAGUUGUUCAUAUGGAGCCGACAUCUCACCAGAGGUGUAUGUUAUAUUAUGUGCGUGACAGUGUGGCUAAGUCACUGUGGCGAGUUUUCUGCAACAGUAAAUAUAUGAGGAU